AUGUCCAAGUUGAUUCCGGCGGUGGCCAUUGCCUUACUGCUAUGGGGUGUGACAUUAAUCAUAUACCGAUACUUCUUCCACCCUUUGGCGAAAUACCCAGGUCCUCGCUUAGCUGCUAUCACGAAUUGGUAUACUGCUUUUUAUGCUUGGAGAGGAGACCUCCAUAUUCAAAAUCGGAAAUGGCAUGAGAAAUAUGGUGAUAUUGUUCGAUAUGGACCUAACAAUCUCGACUUCAACACCCACACCGGAAUGACCACUAUCUACAGCACGCGCGCCAACGUACGAAAGUCGGAAAACUAUGCCACUAUGAGCGCCAGUCGUCGGACUCCUAAUACUAUCUCUGCGACUGAUAAGACGGUUCACGGAUUCAAGCGCCGCAUUAUGUCCCAGGUUUUCUCCGAUCAAGGCCUCAGAGCUAUCGAAGACCGCUUCAUGGCAAGAAUCGGUGAUUUCGUCUCACUGCUUUGGAAUGGCGACGAGGACGCUCAACACAAUAGCAACGAGAAGGAAGAAUGGGGUCCCCCAAAGGAAAUGGCGUCAAUCUGUGGCUGGUUAGCAUUUGAUAUUAUCAGCGAUCUAAGCUUUGGUGAACACUUCAACAUGUUGAAGUCGCCAGAACUACGGUGGUUCCCAUCAGUCAUCCAGAAGCUCGCUCAGAGAGUUAUGAUUGGCAUCGUUCAGCCGAAGUUCUUCAAUUUCAAGAUUGAUCGAUUGUUCAUGGCAUCCCAGCUUAACGAUAUCCUGCAUGCUGGUACAUGGAUUCGCAAGCGCUCCGAAUCCCGGGCUAAUUUUGGGAAUAACAUCCAACAAAAGGAUUUAUUCUAUAAUAUGAUGAAUGCAGCCGAUCCAAAGACAGGUUUAGGCUUUACCCAAAAAGACCUAUGGUUAGAGUCGAUAAUGUUACUCACUGCCGGGUCUGACACCACCUCUGCCGCUAUGAGUGGUACCUUGUUUCUCCUCGGGCAUCACCCAGCGGCGCUCGCCCGUUUAACGGAGGAGCUUCGCGUGACUUUCUCCAACGAAGACGAAAUCCAUCUAGGCCAGCAACUUAACUCAUGCAAAUUCCUACAAGCAUGCAUCAACGAGUCGCUGCGUCUUCUGCCAUCCGUUCCCAAUUCCCCUCCGCGUGUUGUCCAAGAAGGCGGGAUCCAGAUUGACCAGGAAUUCAUCCCUGCCGGAAUCACAGUCGGCACAUCAAUCUAUACACUUCAGCGAAACCCAAAAUACUUCUCCUCGCCUAAUGAGUUCCACCCGGAACGCUGGCUCACGAAUUCGAAGGAUGGAAACGGAGAUGAGAUUAUGAAUUCUAGCAGGGAAGGGUUUUGCCCGUUCAGCUACGGUCCUCGGUCUUGCGUUGCAUGGAGAUUGGCGUGGACAGAGCUGAAUGUGACUAUUGCCCGAAUGCUUUUCCGAUAUGAUAUGAGACUGGCGCCUUCGUCUUCAUGCUGUGGUGGAACACGGAAUGAUUGUCAAUAUCCAUUCAAGAGCUUCAUUACCGCUACAGUUGAAGGUCCUUGGGUGCAAUUCCGACCUGGUCGAAGCUAA